UCUUCUCGCGAAAAUUCUCGAGCGCCGGCAGAAGAGUAUAAAUACCCCCAAACAACAUGUGGUCUCCAGGAUUAUACGAAUUGAAACAAAUUAGCUGAAAACAGCUAGCGACUUAAAACUACUGAUUUGCUCUUGCUGCAAACAUUUUGUUCUAGUGUUGUGCGAGUAUACAGUGCUGAAGUACAAACAUCGUGUGCCUUGAUUUGAGUGUUUCUCGAUCGCAUUUCCAUUUUUCAGUGAAGUUCUGACAAAAAAAAUUGGUCACAAUGGCUUUGCAAGCAUGGAUUCCUGCACUUCUUGGAGGAGACUGGUGGAGUACUUGGGACUAUCCAGAACGAAUCAUGGACCAGUUUUUUGGAACACAGUUGCAAGAUGAAGAUUUGUUGGCUCCCAUUCUGUACCAUGGAUUCCUCAUCCAUCCUCGUACACAAACAAACAUUGCCAGCUCAGGAAUGUCAGAAGUCAAGAAUACAGACAAGGACUUCCAGGUUUCUCUAAAUGUGAAGCACUUCAAGCCAGAGGAAAUCGAGGUUAAAAUUGUGGAUAAUUAUGUAGUCAUCCAUGGUAAACAUGAAGAAAAGAAGGACGAGAAUGGUUUCUGUUCACGAGAGUUUACACGGCGCUACAUGCUUCCAAAAGAGUGCCAAGCAGAGACUGUAAGUUCAAGUUUAACACCAGAUGGAGUUUUGAAAAUCUCAGCCCCUAAAAAAGCGAUUGAAGAACCACCCAAGCAAGAAAGGAAAGUUGAAGUCGCAGUGGAUAAAUCAAAGUCUGAUGGCAAGUAAAAUUUGUGUUACAAUUGAGCAUAUUUGAACAGCUUUAAUUAGUAUUCCUGCUUUUGCUAUUGCAUUACAAGAUAGUUUAUUUAAGAAUGUUAUAACUAAUUUAGUUUUUGUCUAUUGCUGUUCCUAUGCAUGAGUGUUAAUAGUCGCAUACAAAGAUUGUUCAAGUGUAAAGAUACUCAAAUCCAUUUUAUAUAUCAUUAUACUAUUAUGUAAAAACUGCUUUGUGUUAGCAUUUAUUCUGUUUAUCCCA